ACGAGCAUUCAAGCACCUCAGUUCAGCAGCAUACUAUGCCCGAGGUUGAGGAAUACACAAUUGGUUGGAUCUGCGCUCUGAGCAAAGAGCUCAUCGCAGCCAAAGCAUUCCUCGACGUUCUCCACGAUCCGGUUGACAACGCAGCGAUCAACGACGACAACAACUACACACUCGGUAGCAUUGGCAAGCAUAAUGUUGUCAUUGCAGUCUUGCCGUACGGCCAAUAUGGUCUCGUCAAUGCUGCGGCAGCCUUGGCACACAUGACCAGGACGUUUUCCAACCUGCGAGCUGUGCUCAUGGUCGGGAUUGGUGGCGGCGUCCCAGGGAAGAAAGACAUCCGCCUGGGUGACAUCGUCGUGGGAUCCGUAGGUCGAAAUAGCAGCGGGGUCAUUCAGUAUGACUAUGGGAGGGCUGUCCAAGGCGAGGAAUUCGCUGUUACUGGUCAUUUGAACCAGCCGCCAAUGGCGUUCCUCACAGCUAUGAGUGCUCUGCAUGCUACGUAUGAGAUGGAAGGUCAUGAAAUCGAGAGCAACAUAGAUAAGGCCCUCCGAAAGUACAAACGACUAGCGAAGAAAUACAAAAAACCCGCCGUUUCUACCGAUCGAUUGUACGAGGCAAAUUUCGUCCAUCAGGGACACGAGGGUAUAAGCUGCAGUCGGUCCUGCGGUGAUGACAAUCUAGUGCAUCGAUACGAACGGGACGAGGACGAAAACAAUCCUGCCAUUCAUUGCGGCCUGAUAGCAUCGGGAAACUCCAUGAUGAAGGACGCACUUCAACGCGAUAAGCUGGCAGCCAAGCAUGGUAUCCUGUGCUUUGAAAUGGAAGCUGCAGGGCUUAUGAAUCAUUUCCCAUGCGUGGUCAUCAGAGGGAUCUGUGACUAUUCUGAUACGCACAAGAACGACGAGUGGCAGGAGUACGCAGCUAUGGCUGCCGCCGCCUAUACUAAGGACUUACUGCUUCAGGUAGCUCCGAGCAGUGUACAGAAGGAGGAACGGAUUGAAACUAUUUUGGGGCAUCUGAAUGAAAAGGUGGAUCAUAUUCACCAGUUAGCCGCGGAAAGCAGCCAUGACAUUAAAUCUCUGUCGUCCAGCUUUCAAGAUGAGGCUCUAUCGAGAUGGCUCAACGCAGCUGAUCCAUCCGUCGAUCUCAACAAGGCUCGCGAAACAUGGCACUCCGGUACCGGGCAGUGGUUAUUAAACAGCUCUCAGUAUCUCACCUGGAAAUCCCAGAAUGAUUCCUUUCUCUGGCUAAAUGGAAAUUCCGGUACAGGAAAGACUAUUCUAAGCUCGACUGUCAUUGAAGAUAUACAAAGCUCCCUUCCUGAGCUUCGUAACAGCGCUCUGUUGUACUUCUACAUAACAUUCACCGACAGCCGAAAACAGUCACUUCAGGCCAUCCUAACAUCUUUGAUCAGCCAACUAUACUACUACUGUCAAAAAUCCCGACUCCCAAUUAUCUCACUCUAUUCGCAAUGUGGUAGUGGGAACAGUAAACCAAGCAUGGAACAGCUGAAAUCUACGUUUCGUGAAAUGCUGUCACUUGCGGGAGAGGUCUUUAUCGUUAUUGACGCCUUGGAUGAAUAUGAGAACCGAAGUAUACAGCGACACGAGCUACUGGCCUGGAUAGAAAGGUUUGGCAUUGAACCAGUCAAUGCCCAUCUCCUCGUUACCAGUCGUCCGGAACAUGACAUCAAGACCUCCAUCGAAACUUGGGCUAACUCUGGCAGUAUCAUCUCACUCCAAACAGACAACGUGGGCAGAGAUAUUUCUGAUUACGUCCGUGAUAUUGUGAUCAAGUCCCCAAGCUUUGCGCGCUGGCACGGGCAUACUUCAACCCUGGAUGAUAUCGUUAAUGCCUUGACGACCAAGGCAGAUGGAGGGUUUCGUUGGGUCGCUCUACAAUUGGACCGCUUAAAAGACUGUAUCAACAAGGAGGAGGUCGAUAUGACUCUUCAUUCACUUCCAACCACCCUUCAAGAGACAUAUUACCGACUCUUGAACGAACUUACGAGCACUAGGAGGAAAUAUGUCAUUCGCAUUCUUCAGUUCCUAGCAUAUUCGGACAUCCCAUUGGAGCUUGAAGCGUCUGUCGAUGCUCUCGCGAUAAACCUUACAGCGCCACCAGGCUCACGGUUCGUCAUGAAAGAACGUAUGCCACUACCGGCUGAGAUAUCGUCACUUUGCUCCACAUUAUUUGUCGCAGUAUCUGAUAUAUUUCCACCGCACCUGCGCGAUACAUUUGUUGUCUACGAUGAUCCGAUAUUAGUACUCCAGUUAGCCCACUCGUCUGUCAAGGAGUUCAUAUUAUCUUGCCCAAGCUCCGAGUUUGACGGUCUACUCACCGAACCUACUGCAAGGUUGAUAAUCACCGAACUGUGUCUUACCUACUUCCUGGAAAUGGACUGGUCCUUGCCUGACAACGAGUUUUUUGAAAUUGAUUGUUACAGAUCUGCCGACAAGCUAUUGAGGAGAUACCACUUUGUAGCAUUCGCUGCAGAGAAUUGGAUUCAAGAUGCCUCCUGCCCCGACUCAAGGCUCCAUACGUUUACACAGUUAUCAAUGGAUCUCUUUUCGAACCCCAUAAUAUUUAAACGUUGGACGUUGAUUAUUGAGGGUAUCGCUUUUAACCAAUGGGGCUGGUUUGAGGUCUUCGUAGGAGAACAAGAUCAACUGUUUUACGCGAGCUGGUCUGGCGACCAAAACUGCGUCAAGAGGUUGAUAGAUUCAACGGGCAAGGGCGAUGGCUCAGCAUGGAAUCUUGGUCCUGCCCUUUACGUUGCGUCCAAUUCUGGCCAUUUAGAGACCGUUGCCCUUCUUCUUCAGGAAGUUGCUGAUAUCAACGCUGAAGUUGAAGGACAACAGCUGCUUGCUAUUGCCGUCGAAGCUGGCCAUAUAGAUGUCAUCGCACUUAUGAUCAAGCAAGGCGGUGAUGUCAACGCUCAACGAGGAUCGCCCAGCAAUGCUCUUUCCAUUGCCAGUGACAUUGGCCGUCUGGAUAUCACGGAACUUCUGAUUCAGCAUGGUGCUGAGCUCAACGGUUAUCCCCUCUACAAUGCCUCCUGCCAUGGCCACUUGAGCAUUGCUAUGUGUCUAGUGAAAAAUGGUGCCAAUGUCAACGUGGAGGUACAUGAUAGUUCAGCCCUUCAAGUCGCUUCCCAACAUGGUCAUAUGGACAUUGUUAGGUAUCUGAUAGAACAAGGUGCUGAUGUCAAUGCCCGAGGAGGUCCGUAUGGCACGGCCCUCUACGCUGCCUCCAUCCAUGGCUAUCUUGAAAUUGUUAUGCACCUAGUGGAAAGGGGUGCUAAUGUCAGUGCCAAAGUAGGUGGUUAUACUGCCCUUCAAGCUGCCCGCUGGUCUGGCUAUUUAGAUAUUGUUAUGUAUCUAGCAGAGAAUGGCGCAGAUGUACACGCUCCGGGAGGGGUUUUGAAGAAGCAUUGCAAGCUGCGAUUGAACAUGGACGGGACUGUGUAG